ACCAUUCUUGCCAUUCUCCGAUCGUUCCCUUUCCACUCUCUGUUGACAAAAAAGCUUUCCAGAUUUCACGCUUUCAAUUAUUGCUGUGAUAGCAUUAAUGUGGUUCAAUCGAUUUAAAUGAAGUAACCUUUCUCUAACUCAUUCAGAAUUCGGCUAUGUCUUUCACCGCACGUGCUUCAGUUUUAUUCGCCAUUGUUGCUGAUUCGGAUCCACCCGUUUACUCUCAAACUAGAUAUCAGCACAAAGUUGUUAUGGUUGAAGGUAACUGUUUGCUUGUGGGAUAUGGAAGAAGAUAUCAUCUUUGAUUGAUGAAAAGUGGGACAAACUACCAAGUUGUUGUGGUUGAAGGAGCACAAACCCAUGCAGCAGAUUCAGAGAGUUUACCUUUCCCCAAAGCUAUGGUAUCUAAGAGUUUCAAUUAUUGAAGCGCAAGACAUCAUGCCAGGGCACAGAGGGCUAGAAGUGGUGAGGUUCCCUGAGUUUUCAACAAAAAUUCAAGUGGGAAACCAAAUCUGGAAGACUGGAAAUGCUUCUCCUAGUGCCACUCGAAGCUUCUCCAAUCCUUACUGGAACGAGGAGUAUUUGUUUGUGGUUACUGAACCCUUUGAAGAGAAUUUGUUGGUUUCAGUUGAAGAUCAAGUUGGGGCAGAAAGACAAGAGGUUGUAGCCAGCGUGCUUCUUCCAGUGGCGACAAUAGAGAAGCGAACGGACGAAAAACCAGUUAGUUCAAGGUGGUUCAACCUUGACAGCCAAUUAGGUAGUGCAGGUGAUAAUGACAAAUUAGGUACAAGGUUUGUUUCUCGUAUACACAUCCGAAUCUCGUUCGAUGAAGGGUAUGAUGUGCUUGAUGAGGGAACAAUUCAUAGCAGUGAUGUUCAGUCCACUGACAAGAGGCUCUGGAAGCCACACGUUGGUGUCAUUGAGAUGAGAAUCUUGGGUGCCACAGGGCUUAUGCCAAUGAAGAUAGAAGACGGUAGAGAUGUCACUGAUGCCUAUUGUGUGGCUAAGUAUGGGCAAAAAUGGGUUCGAACUCAAACUGUAGUUGGUAGCUUGUCUCCAAAGUGGAAUGAACAAUACACUUGGGAAGUUUAUGAUCCCUGCUCUGUCUUGACUGUUGCGGUUUUUGACGACUGUCUGAUCAAUAAGAACACCACGGACGACACUAGAGUUCGUGAUCAUCCAAUUGGGAAAGUUAGAAUCAGAUUGUCCACACUUGAAACAGAUAGAACUUACACCCACUUGUACCCUCUGAUGACGCUUCUACCAUCUGGGGUCAAGAAAAUGGGUGAGCUUCAAUUGGCUCUGAGGUUUUCAUGUACCAAUGUGGCUAAUGUGCUACUUCAGUACACACGGCCAUUGCUGCCCAGCAUGCAUUAUGUGCAUCCCUUGAGUGUGGAUCAAGUAGACAUGUUGAGGUGCGAGGCGGUAAAUGUAGUGGCAUCAAAGUUGAGUAGAGAAGAGCCACCAUUGAGCAGGGAAGUAGUGGAGUAUAUCAAUAUGCAUGAUUCGCAUACGUGGAGCAUGAGGAGAAGCAAAGCUAGUUUUCGCAGGCUAAUGGGGAUCUUCUCGAGCAUUUCUCGGAUGUUAGAGUGGUUGAAAGCAAUCCAAUAUUGGAAGAAGCCACUGCACUCGGCAGUGUUUCUGAUAAUUUUUCUCACGCUGGUGAUGUUUCCUGAGAUCAUCAUCCCCACCAUUUUGGUGUACAUAGCAUUUAUGGGGCUUUGGAACUUCAGGUAUCGACCCCGGCUCCCUCCUCACGUGGAUCUAAAGCUUUCGGGUGCUUUGGAUGCUCACCCUGAUGAAGUUGAUGAAGAAUUUGAUACCUUCCCUGCAAGUGCCUCUCCUCAUAUUGUUAGGAUGAGGUAUGACAGACUUAGAAGUGUGGCAGGGAAGAUUCAAACAAUAAUAGGAGAUGUGGCAACUCUCGGGGAACGUUUGCAAUUUUUAGUAACUUGGAGAGAUCCACGAGCUACUUUCUUGUUCAUAGUGUUGUGUUUGGUUGCUGCAGUAGUCUUUUAUGUUGUGCCUUUUCGGGUUGUGAUGGCUCUCUUGGGAUUGUACUCAUUGAGGCCACCAAGGUUCAGAAGCAGAAUCCCCUCUCGAGUUGAAAGUUUCUUCAGAAGAUUGCCAGCUAGGGCUGAUAAUAUCUUGUCCACUGGUGAAGGGAAGGAUUAUGUGUACCAGAACCCGCAGGGUUUAUUAAUUGUUGGUAUUUUGGAGAAUCUCCAGCAAUAUACUGUGUAAUUAUGUUCUUCGGCUAGCAAACGUUUCAGUUACUAAAUUUUGUCAUUUUCCACUUUCAAACAGAUAAUUAAUCUUGUCCUGAAAAAAAUUGUUAAGGUCUCAGACUACGUGGUUCUGACCACAUAUUUCAUGAGAAUACAUUUUAUAAUUUAUAAAUAAAAAAGUUUU